CAGCCGCGAAUCAGCGCAACAUCAGCAUCCCGCCAUCAUGAGCGCUGGAUUAGGAGCGCAGUGUUGCUGUUUCCUCAUACCAUGCCCUGUGCAUAAUCCCACAGUUUUAGAGAAAACAUGUCUCCUGGCUGCUUUAUUGGAUUAUUAAGUUACACUUGGGUCGGUGGAAAGCCUGGUGAAAGCCUGGGUGGGUUUUAAAAGCGUAAACCGAAGUGAGAAUCCUAUAUACUGACUCCAAUCUGGCAACCCCGCCUGGCUGUGAACUCCGCGCUCCGGACUGGGCGCAGCGCAGCGCCGUGCUGACGGACUGAUGGACGUGUAGACGGAGAGACGCGAGCGCAGGGACAGAGGACGAGAGGAGAAGAAUGGAUAACGCGUAAUGAGAAGAUGGAGCCGAGCGGUUUGUCCCUGUUCAUGCGGAAUUACGCGCGGGUUCCCCGGGUUUUCUUUUUUUUCCACACUGCGCAAAAUGAUGAUCUCGGCGCACAGAAACUUUUGUUGAUCGUCGCUGAAUCUGGCUGAUGCCACCGCUGCUUGAUGAUUUCUCCCUCUGAUGAUUAGUUGACCACCAGUUCAGGCCUCAUUAUGAUUGCUACUGGAGGCCUCCUGCGAAUCUCAGCAAGACGCCAAGAUUCCCUCCGUGCCAAAAACCGGGCAGAGAACAAGCGGAAAAGAAAAGCCAAGAAGAAGAGAAAGAAUGAAGUGGUGGUUGUGAAAGGAAAAUUGAAGCUAUGUUCUAUCUCUGGGCUGAUUGCUGGACUGGGCAUUAUUGUGCUGCUUGUUGGGAUUGCCUUGGCUGUACUAGGCUAUUGGCCUAAAGGAAGUUCUCCUUACCCAGAACUGGUCAAAGUAAAGGGUUUACAGAAACCAGCUUGGUCCAAUGACAGAGGAGGACCCAAAGUAUUGAACUGGACCACUAGUGGUAAGCUUGUUUAUCAGCUGGAGCAAGAUGUUCUAAGCUCCAAUUAUACUAAUGGCACAACUGAGAAAUCACCAAAGUUGAAUGUCUUUGCUGAGUUUCUAAACAGACACUUACAUUCAGACAAACUAAAAGUGUUUGGACCAUUGAUUAUGGGCAUUGGUAUCUUCCUGUUUAUUUGCGCUAAUGCAGUACUGCAUGAAAACAGGGACAAAAAGACAAAAAUUAUUAACCUUAGGGACAUUUAUUCAACUGUUAUUGAUAUUCACAGUUUGCGAUCCAAGGACAAUGCUUCACUCAAUGGAUUUGUGAACUAUAUGCAAUCAAAGGGGGUAGAAGGCAAUUCAAGCUCUGUAUACAAUGCUGCUAUGCUAGCAAAGGGCUCGUGGCCAUCUUCAGGCUCGUUCAAACAGGACCAGGAUAGCCUGCCUUCAUCCAGAAAGUCAUCUACUGGAAAACUGGAAGGCUUACCUUUGCGUAGUCUUGCUAUAACAGACACAGUGUAUAGCAUUUGCAGGGAUCCGUCACCAGAUGCCAAGCAAUGGAAGACCAAAACUUUUGGGACCUCCCCAGUCAAUGCUUUCACAUUACCAUUGAUCAGGCUCAACCACAGGUCAGCAGGAAACAGAAGGGGUUCAGAUAAAACCGGGGAGCUCAAAAGUGAAUGUCUGGAUUCAGAUGCUGUUCGUCAUUGCUUGGAGUCUCUAGCAGCAUCAGGGAGUAUCACCAAAGCCAAAGUGAAGACUUCUCACGCUCAAACCAUUCUUUCCAUGGACUCAGUGGAAGUUUAUAAGGGUAGCAACAGCCUGCAGGAAAUGCCACACCUCUCCCUUCAAGGCUCUCGGGUGCAACUCCUUCCUGCCUCACCUGGCCCUAAGGUGACAGGCUCUCACCUGUCCUUAAGUGCCCUGUCAGACUACUCAAGGUCCAUUGACUUGGGAAUCUGUCCAUCCACCCCUUUGGAUCUGCACAUUGAGCGAACCAGGCGACGUAGCUGUCCUCGACUGGAGGGCCUGAGCAGUGGGGGUUAUAUUAAACUUGAGGGUCUUGGAGGGGAGUCUUUUGAGUCCACCGAUGUGACAAGUUUCAGUCGUGGAAGUUCUUCUGAACUUUUAUCGAAAGAGCAAGUUUCAAAAAAUCCCCUUGCCCAGGAGGAAGGUGCCUUCAAUGAAUCUGAUCAUGGCUUGAUCAGACAGUACUCAAACAAAGAAAAACUGGUGAUGAUUUCCCAUUCAGACACUUUAGAGGACCUGGAAAUAGAGAGUGUAGAACUCUAACUGAGCAACCGGAUUGUAUCAGAGAACUUGUAACAUGAGGUCUAAUAGAGAUAUUACAUACUAAAGACAUUACAGCAAUGUAUAUUAUCCCUUUCAGAGUGAAAAUGGAUACAUUAACUUGCUGUGCGGCCUUGGGUACUAAUGAAUAUAUUAUCUUCCUUUCUUUGGAAUUAUGUUUAAUGCCUUCCUGAGACCAAGAAUUGAAAAAAAAACUUGCAUUGCAGAGAAGAGCAUUAAAACCUGCUGGCAUGCAAGGAACAUUUAUUAUUGUUAUUUAAUAAGCAAAGUAAAAAUGAGAAAAAAACAAAAAGAAACAAACAAAAAAAAACAGUUUUGAAGUGUGGUAGCACAUCUCUCUACAAGGUUCCAUUUUUGUAUUUACAGUAGAAAAACAAUAUGUGGCUGUUUCACCUGUCCACUAGUGUGUUUCUUUCUAGUUAAUUAACUUGCUGUCUCAACAGCAUGUGUUUUAUACGGUAGUGUCCUUGCACUUUUUUUAUAUUAACCAGGAUAAUGGUUUGACUUAAUACAUAGCAAUAUCUUAUUUGAAAUUUCAUCUGCCUGUGGGAGACGCAUUAUGUUUGCAUUUGACUUUGGAUGAAAAGUUUUUAUUACAACUGUAUGUUUCUUUUUAGACAUCUUGCCUGUUUAGAAAUCUCUGUAAUGCUUUGUGCCUGAAAUCUGAACUAAGUCCACCCUCUAGCACAAUGACUCAUCGUCAGAAUCAUAAGCACCCUUUUUCCAUUCAAGUGAUCCUGGAAUCCUGAGUGGGGUUUUUUUCACAACUGAUUAUAAGUGUAUAAUACCAUAUAGUAUGUUGUACCAUGUCAUCUUAACUCAAUGUUCCUUGUAUCGAAAUCAUAAAGUCACGAUAUUCAUAUGUUUGCAGUAUUUUCUCAAAUAUAAACUAGAAUCAUGAAACUGAUGUCAAAGUAGUCUUUAAGAUUCUGGUAUUCAAACACCACACAAUUUCCAGGUUUGACCUGAUUUUACAAUGGAUUAAAGCAAUGCAAAUAGGCCUAAAAAAAAGCCCAAUGUUUAUCAUGUGCGCAAACUAUACUUUUCUACUUGAAUUUCUCAUGUAUGACUCACGCUUGCUUCAUGCAUGUAAAACCUAUAUAAUAUAAAAGUUUUAGUUUACAAUACAUAUAUAAAAUUAUUUGUAUCGAGAGAUGGUGCAUGAAACACAGACUGUAAACUCAGGCUAAUGAAAUGCAUUUAAAUAUUAUUAUAGCAAGAAGGAUUAACAUUUUAAAAUGUUAAUCAUAAAAAGGUUAAUAAGGAAUAAUGUGCAGAAAUGUUGAUCAAGCAACAAAUCAUUUUGAUGUUAAAUGUUUUCCGCUUCAUAUAAACCCAUUAAAACAGCUUUUAUGUUUCUUUUGUUGAUUCCUGACCACAACUAAAACCUCAAUUCCAAAGUUAGGAAAAAUGUAAAAUGUAAAUAAAAUCAGAAUGUUAUGAUUUGCAAAAUAUGAUAAACCCAUAAUAUAUUCACAAUAGAAAACAUAUAAAAUUAUUAUUUUUGGAAAAUGUACCAAUUUUUUGAAAAUAAAUAUUAGAAAUUUUAAAUUGAAAGGUUGCAACACAUCUCAAAACCUUUGUGACAGGGCCAUGUUUACCACUGUGUAGCAUCCCAACUUCUUUCAACAACAGACUAUAUACAUUCGAGAACUGAUGAGACCAGUUGCUAGAGUUUUGGGACAGGAAUGUUGUCCCACUUGUGUCAGAUAUAGGAUUCUUAAUUAACAGUCCUGGAUCUUAUUUGUCACAUUUCUUGCUACAUGUUGUACCAAAUGUUUUGAACUGGUGAAAGGUCUGGACUGCAGGCAGACCAGUUCAGCACCCAGAUGAAACCUUGCUUUUGUGAUUAAUGCAGUAUGUUAUUUAGCAUUGUCUUGCUGAAAUAUGCAAGGCCUUCCCCGAAAACUGAAAGCAUUUGUUGCUCUAAAACCUGUACAUAUAUAAUUUCUCCAGAUUCUUAGAAUCUUUUCAUGAUAUUUUGUACCGUAGUACAAGUGUUUGUAAUCCGAUGUUAAGGAACAUUAUUCUGAAAUUGUUCUACAAUUCGCAGAUAAGUGAAACGCUGCCAUUUUUACUUCUGAAAGUCUCUACACCUUUUAUGCCCAAUCAUGUUACUGACCUAUUGCUAGUUAACCUAAUGAGUUACAAAAUGUUCCUUCAACUGUUUCUCUUUUUGGAACACUUAGUAUUCCAGCCUUUGAUUGCACUGUUCCAACUUUUUUUGAGAUGUGUUGCGGGAAAUUAAUUCAAAAUUUACCUUAAAGAUUUUUCCUCAAAAUGGCACAUUCCCCCAAUUUAAACACGGUAUAUGUUUUCUGUGUUCUACUGUGAAUAAAAUAUAGGUAUAUGACAUUUUACAUUUUACAUUAUAGGAAUUGUUUUUGUAUUGUUUCCUAUUGAAAUAAUGAUUCCAUAAUCUCAUUAGAUGAACUUAGCGCUCUGGCUGGAUACUAAGCUUGGGUUACUGUCUAUGUGACAUUUUGGUACUCUGUGUGAUCUUCCUGUUAUUUACAACAAAAAAUGCCUUUACAAGGAUUACCUACACUUAAUUGCCACUAGGAAUGGAUGUGAGUAAGUUUUGCCCUGCAACUAAUUAAUUUUCCCAUUUAGGUUGUGUCUUUGACCACUCUGACCAUCCUGACCAGAAUCCAGCACACAUUCUGUGUUUUAUAUUUAGGGUAUUGAAAAAAAAAAAUGUAACUGCUCCCUGAAGAAAUUUCUGAAAAUGUUAAAAAAGGUUUGUUUGUUUGUUUGUUUGUUUGUUUGUUUGUUAAAAAGGUUGUUUGUCAGUUUGGUAAGGUAGCGUUAUUGCCAAGAUUUAUAACACCUGUUUUGAUACAAGUCCAGUUCACAUUAAGCAUUUAAAAUGAUGCUUUGUCACAGCUCAGUCUUGCAGGCUAGAUUUGACUUGUCAUUACCCCAUCUGAUAUUAAGCACUAAUCACUGAGAUAGACUCUUCUAACUUAGUGGGUUCUUACAUCAAUAUUAUUGUUAGUAAUUAUAUUGUAAUGUAAGUUUAGCACAUCAUGUUGACUGUAAUGUUCUGUAAAAGCCUCACAUCAUUUGAAGGUUUCUAAAGAAGAAAAGAUUAGGCAUCUUACCAAUAAAUAAAGUCAGAGAAUGAAUAUUCUUUGGCAUCUGCUUUACUGUAGGCAUCAGUGCAACUGUUAGUGUCAGUGUUUAUUUAUAUUAACAUGGUUUAUAAACAUUCGCUUAAUGUACAGCCAGGUUCCUGGGAAAAUAAACGCAAUGCCAUUUGUAUUUUUGCAUUUUGUUUGGAGCAUUAAAUAUUAUUUCAAAGUUGUUUCUUUAUCUGAAUAACCUCUGCAUGCUAUUUGAGUUUUUCAGCAGUGAGUAACCCUCACCCCAGGAGAGUUUAGAGCCUUGACUAAUACACCAUGCAGUGGUUUAAAUUAGAUUUUUGCUUUCUUUUUAACAGCCUUACUUUACACUAAUGUAGUCCAAACUGUGUUGUUCCACCUUUUAUUCAUGCCUCAGUUUCACAACAACUAAACAAUUGGGGAAAAAACACGAGUCACACUGGCCUAAAUACACACUUCAACAGCAGUACAUUGUAGAUGAAUAUGUAAAAAAACAAUAAAACCGAGAGAAAGAAUAAGAGAUACAACAAUGUUGAGAGAAACAAAUCAGUGUCUGUGUAUCAGUUUAAUGACUCAUGAAUUGCAUAUGACUCAAAGCAAAAACACUUGGACAUAAGCCCUGUAUAUAUCAGUUAUCACUGCUAUUACUUAUGCUGCAGUGAGUAGUAUUGCUGUCUCACAUCUCCAAGAUCCCUGGUAUGAUCCUGAGCUUCGGUUGCUGUCUGUGCAGUAUUUCUGUGUUAUCUCUAUUCUUAUAUUCUCCUUAUGUUUGUAUUGGUUUCCUCCAGGUUCCCUGGUUUCUUCACACCUCCUCAAAACACACCAAUAGGUAGAUGACCUAUUUUAAAAUGGCCUCUGUUUGUGAGUGUACAGUAUGUGAAUAUGUGUGUGUAGCCCUACAAUGCUCUGUCAGCGAGCCCAUGGUGUACUUCUGCUAUGUGCCUGGUGAUACUGGGACAGGUUUUGGCUCCACCAGCACCCUGACCACAAUA